UGCAUGUUCAUGUUAUUCUUGGCUGCGGGAACGGUCAAAUCAAGAUCCCAUCGAUCGUAGUGGAGCUGAUCGACUGGGGGGGGACUCGCAAGGCGUGGGAUAUUAUUUCCUCUCUAGAUGCACUCCGUAGCCCAGGAGUAAACACGGGGACUCUGCAACAAAGGCCUUUCUGUAGGAAUGUCGAUUCGUUCUUUGUGUGUCUGACUUGGAAGGUACUUGUGAUUCUUCGGCUUCGGCAUUGUAUUCGUGUCUGAGCGCCGAAGGUCAUUUUCCAGGUUGAGACGGAUUUCUUCAGCUUUUCUCAGCCCGCCCAGUCCCCCAGCUCAGCCUCAGGCUAGUCACCUUAUCAAGGGGGGGCCACAUCAAACCGACCCCUCGACGAUCACUCCUCCCUCCGUGCCCAACACCUCUUCCUCUCUUCUUUCCCUCUCAACCACCGAAACCUCCCCUUCCUCAGUCCUCCACACAACUCUCUCUCUCUCUCUCUCUCACACACACACACCAUGGCUGUCGACGUCGCAUCCGACCCCGACCGUCUUGGUCUGCGACUCCCCAAUCCCCCGCCAUUACUACAUACCCGCGGCGAGGCCUUCGACCGCCCCUCCACCCCCGCCGAGCAUGGCUUCACCAGUCCCACACAAACUCCUCAGGGUAGUCCCAGCAAAUCGAGACCACCUCCCGGAUCCCUCGAUCUACCCAAUGUCUUCGAUAAAGCCUUGAAGUUGACGCCUUCUUCGCCUUCCAAAUCCACUCAUAACCACUUCAAUCAUCCCAUGUUUACCUCCGACAGGAGCAACAUUGAAGACUUGAACGAGAGCGUCAUCCACCAGCGACCUUCAAGUCCCACGCGCAGCAGCCGGGCGAAUAAAGAAAAUACACCUCCGACCAGCACACGCCUUCCCAAGGAUCUAGGAUCCAGACCGACUGCCGCUGCCCUCUCGCGCCAUGAGCUAUAUCAGCAGCGGGAUGCCGACACGUCGAAGCGCCAAGUCCAGUUGCGCGGGCUGACCCCGGAGGAGAUGGAGAAGCUACAACAACCCCGGGUUAAGCGCCUGGUGAACGUGACGCAACUCUAUUUCCUCGACCACUACUUCGAUCUCCUCAGCUACGUCCAUAACCGGCAAACCCGGCACACACAAUUCAAAUCCGCAUACCCCGAACCCCCUGCCACCCCCAACGAGGAAUACGAGCCCGCGCUGUUGAAAUAUCUGGGACGCGAGCGCGCACACCUGCGCAAGCGUCGCACCCGUCUGCGCCAACAUGAUUUCCAGAUCUUGACCCAGGUCGGUCAGGGUGGUUAUGGACAGGUGUAUCUCGCACAGAAGAAGGAUACGCGCGAGGUCUGCGCACUCAAGGUCAUGAGUAAACGGCUCUUGUUCAAGCUGGAUGAGAUCCGGCAUAUUCUCACGGAGCGCGAUAUUUUGACUGCCGCCAAGAGCGAGUGGCUCGUGCGACUGCUCUAUGCCUUCCAGGACGAUGAACAGAUUUAUCUGGCAAUGGAGUACGUGCCGGGUGGCGAUUUCCGCACGCUUCUCAAUAAUACGGGCGUGCUGCAUAAUCGGCAUGCGCGGUUCUACAUUGCCGAGAUGUUUAGCUGUAUCGAUGCGCUGCACGUGCUUGGCUAUAUUCACCGCGAUCUUAAGCCCGAGAAUUUCCUGAUCGACUCUACCGGUCACGUUAAGCUGACCGACUUUGGUCUGGCAGCCGGCAUGCUGAGUCCGGGCAAGAUCGAGUCAAUGCGCGUCAAGCUCGAGGAAGUCGGUAACACGCCGGUCCCCUUUGGCCGCCCCAUGGAACAACGGACCAUGGCCGAGCGUCGGCAGGGUUAUCGCUCCCUGCGCGAGCGCGAGGUCAACUACGCCAAGUCUAUUGUUGGUUCUCCCGAUUACAUGGCUCCCGAAGUGCUCAAGGGCGAGGAAUACGAUUUCACCGUUGAUUACUGGAGUCUGGGAUGUAUGCUUUUCGAAGCGCUGGCCGGGUACCCACCAUUCGCAGGUGCUACCGUCGACGAGACAUGGCAGAACCUGAAGCGCUGGCAAAAGGUGUUGCGGAAGCCAGUCUACGAGGAUCCGAAUUACUUCCUGUCCCGGCGAACCUGGGACUUGAUCACGACCCUGGUAGCAGCGAAGGAGACCCGAUUCAAGAAUAUCCAGGAGAUUCAUGCGCACGAUUACUUUGCCGAGGUGGACUUUUCGCGAUUGCGGGAGCAGCGGGCGCCCUUUGUGCCAGAGUUGGAUUCGGAGACGGAUGCGGGGUAUUUCGAUGACUUUAGCAACGAGGCGGAUAUGGCCAAGUACAAGGAGGUGCAUGAUAAGCAGCGGGCGUUGGAGGAGAUGGCCGAGCGUGAUGAGAAGAUGAACAAGGGGUUGUUUGUCGGGUUUACUUUCCGACACCGUAAACCAGCCGUCGACAGUGCCGGGCGUAGUUCGCCUCGCAAGCCGAUUGCCACGGAUGGUUCUUUCGGAACGAUGUUCUAGUGCUGACUUGGAGAUGUCGCUGUUUAUUACCCGUCUACCGCAUUCGUCCUUAUGUCUUUUGCUUCGUCACGCUGGAUAUCUCCCUCCGCCGAGCUGGUUCUUGGUUUUGGGGUUGUAUUCCUGGUGAUAGCUGUCUGUAUGAGUUUAAUGGCGCAUUCUUUGUUUUCCCUUGUCAAGUCCGUCUGACUCGUUUAUUAUCUGCAUUUGCUACGUGCAACCGCCAACGUGACAUGUCUUUUACACUCUUAUUGCUUUGUUUGUUUUACGUGUGGUUGGAGUGUUUGCAAAAUGACUUUGUAUCAUACAUACAUAGAACUAGGUUGACGGGUUUCCGUCAGCCAGUAUCCAUGAUAUCCUGCUUCUAUGAUUGCUCAUCCCCGAUUCUUGAGUAAUGUAGUCGCGACUCGGUAGUAAUUCCUCGAUGACUUCCCCGCUCGAACACAAAGACCUAUCAGUCGUCUAGUUCUCAGGAAGCUGGCGCACCAUGCGCAAAAUCUCGGACUCAUUAUCGCCAAUCACAGCGCGACCAUUCACCCAAUCAACAGUCUACCACCGAAAGAAAACCCAAUUAGCAAAAAAUAGCUCAUACCGUAAGACCCAUUGCCUCCCCCCACAAUCCACCAAAAAAAAAAAAGAAGCAUACAUACCACAGGCCUAACAAACCGCUCCUGAUCCUCCUUAAACUUCUUCACCGCAUCCUCCGCAUCCUUGGCCCCCUUCACCAACUCGCCAACUCCAUAAACCGCCUUCCCGCCCUGCCCGCCCGUCCCGCUGACCGGACUGAUAUACUCCAGGAUACUGUGCAGCUGGUCGGUCGUCGGCGCCGAGGUGGUCACCUCGAGCUCGAACUCGCCGCGCUGCUGCUUGUUGUGGGCGGAGUGGUCGGACGCUUGGUCUUCGGUGGCGGUUUCGGAGGCGGCGAUCGAGGCUUGUUUGAGGAUGUUGAGGACUCGGGUUGAGGGGGCGAGGGAGGGGGAGUGGAAGAGGGUUAUUGGGUCGAGGGUUUUGCUCUGGGAGAGAUUGGUGGGUUGGUUAGUCAGAGGGACUCAUGAGGUGGGCGGAAAGGGUGGGAAGGAGGGGGGGAGGGGGAGCGUACGAAGCGGAACAUUUUGAGGGUGUUUGGUAGAGGUAGACGCGGAUUGAGAUUGGUUGUAUGAGAUGGUGGAUG